CCGGUGGCCGUUAGGGGGCGGGGCGGGGCGGGGCGCGCGCUUCCUGGCGGUGGCCGCGGCGGAAGCAGCAGCGGCGACGGCUGGGCCGGGCUGGGCUCCUGCGUGCCGAGGCGUCCCGCCGCCCCCAGGGUCCCUCGGCUGGCGGCAGAAUGUCGGUGGCGGGGCUGAAGAAGCAGUUCUACAAGGCUAGCCAGCUGGUCAGUGAGAAGGUUGGAGGGGCUGAAGGGACCAAGCUUGACGAUGACUUCAAGGAAAUGGAAAAGAAAGUGGACCUGACCAGCAAGGCAGUUACAGAAGUAUUGACCAGAACAAUAGAGUACCUCCAGCCGAACCCAGCUUCCAGAGCCAAGCUAACCAUGCUCAACACAAUGUCAAAGAUCCGCGGGCAGGUGAAGAACCCCGGCUACCCGCAGUCGGAAGGGCUGCUGGGGGAGAGCAUGAUCCGAUACGGCAAGGAGCUGGGCGAGGACUCCAAUUUCGGCGAUGCGCUUCUUGAUGCUGGCGAGUCUAUGAAGCGGUUGGCUGAAGUGAAGGACUCUCUGGAUAUUGAAGUCAAACAAAACUUUAUUGAUCCCCUCCAGAACCUGUGUGACAAAGACCUGAAAGAGAUCCAGCACCAUCUCAAGAAGCUGGAAGGCAGACGCUUGGACUUUGACUACAAGAAGAAGCGACAGGGCAAAAUCCCCGAUGAGGAACUUCGACAGGCCAUGGAGAAAUUUGAAGAGUCCAAGGAAGUAGCGGAGACCAGUAUGCACAACCUCCUAGAAACCGAUAUCGAGCAGGUGAGCCAGCUCUCAGCCUUGGUGGACGCCCAGCUGGACUACCACAGGCAGGCAGUGCAGAUCCUGGACGAGCUUGCUGAAAAACUCAAACGCAGAAUGAGGGAGGCCUCCUCGCGUCCCAGGCGGGAAUACAAGCCCAAACCCAGGGAGACAUACGACUUUGGAGAGACCGACCAGUCUAACGGGGGCUUCUCUUGCAAUCCUACCCCCAAAGUCUCAGCUUCCUCCUCUUUCCGAUCCGACAAGCCGUCCCGGGCCUCCGUCAGGAGUAUCCCCCCCCUGGACCAGCCCUGCUGCAAGGCUCUCUACGACUUUGAACCCGAAAACGAUGGCGAGUUGGGCUUCAAGGAAGGCGAUAUCAUCACCCUGACCAACCAGAUUGACGAAAACUGGUACGAGGGCAUGAUCAACGGCCAGUCGGGCUUCUUCCCCCUCAACUACGUGGAAGUGCUGGUUCCGCUACCUCAGUGAAACGGCAUCACUCCCGUCCCCCAUCCGCUCAUGCGGGGCCGAGCUCCAUUCCACCUCCCUCCUGACACUGGCCCUGUCCGGCGGCGGGGCCGCGUUCUCUCUGUGUCACCUCGGGGCGAGAUUGCCACCAGGGAACAAGCCAGAAGGGUCAAACGACCCCCCCACCCCUUGUGAAUUUGGUUAUUUUAAUUUUUUUUUUUUUUUUUGUGUGUGUCCUUCUGGUGCUUGAACUUCGGUACUUUGCGCACCCUGCCAGGUCCCCCCGACCCCCAGGCUGUACGAUGGCCACAGGCCUCUCCCUGUCCAGUUUUUCUUUCUUUCGGGUCAAGCAGCUGGAUGAGCCAGGUUGGGAGAGCCAGGAUGCAUCCUUUGCCCUGACCAUCACCCUGGGGAGACGCGUGGCCCAGUGACAGGGGGGCAAAGCAGCCCUUUACCCCCCACCCCCUUAAACACUACCCCUCUCCCUGACGAUGCCCAGCCUUCCAUCCAGGACCCUGGCUCUCCCAGGGGGCUCAGGGGAGGGAUGCCAUGGCGCAGCAACACUACGACACCCAUCAAACACUAAACCAGCCCUGCGGCGCGGGUGCUGAGCUCUGCCUGCGGCUCUGUGCUGCUCGCCCCACACACACCCUGGAGGGACAAAGCAGGGAUGUCCCUCUGCCCCCUCCUCCCAGAGCUUGGCUCCAAAGCGGGGUGGUUUCUCCCUUCUGCCCUAUUUUAAGCCAAGUUGCUUCUGGACCUUUGGGAUUUUCCUACUCCAGACUUGACUGAGUGUGUCAGAGAUGGGGGAUAAUUUUGGGGAGGGGGUGGGAACUGGGCCACAGCCUGGGUUCUACCCACCACGGGGCAGAGCGGGUGGUGGCUCCUCUCCCUGGGGAGCCAUCGGCACCCAGUGCUGCAGGACCGGGGCUUGCUGGAGCUUGGCUGAUCCUCAUGUGCCUUCCCUGUACCCCCCACCUCUGCCCCGCAGCCCCCUCCUUGGCCGGGGGGGGAGCAAUGAGCCCCUCUGCCAUGGGUUUGGUGGGAAAAGGUAUCACACAUCUCAGCGCUGCCUCUGCCACCCCUUAGCCCUAAGCAUCCCGGCGUGUUCCUUCUUACGGGGGGCAGGAUGGGGCCCGGCAGUGCUCCCCCCAUCUCUCACUCAACUCCGUGGAUUUCCUUGCUAGAAAAAUGGUCUUUUUCUCCCUCCUUUGUGGGUCUUUGCCGGGCUCUAGCCCCUCUCCUCCUUGGUUAGCACUGUCCCCCUGCCCAGGCCAGGGGCCAAGCCGCAGCUCCACACUGGGCCCAUGCCGCAGCACGUCUCUGUCCCUGCUCUUCCCGGCACGUUACAGUUACCCAUCCCCUUUUUAACGAUUUUAACAGUGCAUGUCAAUGUACAUCCCGUCCCCUGCUGCGCUGUGCUCCAGGCGGGCUGAGCGGUGGCCCCGCUCCCAGCCGCAGGGGACACGGGGCAGCUCCCCCUCGCUCCCAGCAGCACAGGGAGCCCCAGGGACCACUGUCCUCGGGGACCUCGUGUCCGUCCCCUCCCCGGUGGGGACUGCGGUCACAGCCCAGGAGCGCUGGCUCCUGCUCAGGUGGAUUGAAAUGCGUUUUGUCAGUUGGGACAACUUGCUAGACUUUUUUUUUUUUGGUAAUGGUUUCUCCUGGUUUUUAGGAGGAAAAAAAAAAAGACCCAAAAAUCUUGACUUGUAUCUCUGAAUAAAAGUAUUAAAUGUUU